UUCCCGGCAUGCGCGGGAGCCCGGAUGUGGAUCUCGUUUGAAAUCGCGCGAUGCUACAGCAAUGGCGGCGCUCGGGAUUGCAGCUGGUAGUGCCAAUUGGUUUACGGCUUUGGCGCUCGGGGUGACUCUUCUCAAAUGCCUUCUCAUCCCUACCUACCAUUCCACAGAUUUUGAAGUACACCGAAACUGGCUUGCUAUUACUCACAAUUUGCCAAUAUCACAGUGGUAUUAUGAGGCUACUUCGGAGUGGACCUUGGAUUACCCCCCUUUUUUUGCAUGGUUUGAGUAUGCCCUGUCACAUGUGGCCAAAUAUUUUGAUCCAGAGAUGCUGAAGGUCCACAAUCUGAAUUAUUCCAGCUCAAGGACUUUACUUUUCCAGAGAUUUUCUGUCAUCUUUACAGAUGCACUCUUUGUGUAUGCUGUCUAUGAGUGCUGUAAAUGCAUUGAAGGAAGGAAAUCAGGUAAAGAGCUUUUAGAGAAGCCGAAGUUCAUUCUAUCCGUGUUGCUUCUGUGGAACUUCGGGUUGUUAAUUGUGGACCAUAUUCAUUUCCAGUACAAUGGUUUUUUAUUUGGAUUAAUGCUACUCUCCAUUGCACGGUUAUUUCAGAAAAGGCAUGUGGAAGGAGCAUUUCUCUUUGCUGUUCUCCUACAUUUCAAACACAUCUACCUCUAUGUAGCACCAGCGUACGGGGUGUAUCUGCUACGAUCCUACUGUUUCACUGCAGUUAAACCAGAUGGAUCUGUCCGAUGGAACAGUUUCAGCUUUGUCCGUGUUACUUCCUUGGGACUGGUUGUUUUCCUAGUGACUGCUCUUUCAUUGGGUCCUUUCCUAGCCUUGAACCAACUGCCUCAAAUCUUCUCCCGGCUCUUUCCUUUCAAGAGGGGCCUCUGCCAUGCAUAUUGGGCUCCAAACUUCUGGGCUUUGUACAAUGUCUUGGACAAGGUGCUGUCUGUCAUCGGUUUGCAAUUGAAACUUCUUGAUCCCAGCAAGAUUCCUAAGGCCUCAAUGACAAGUGGCUUGGUUCAGGAGUUCCAGCAUGUAGUCCUGCCCUCAGUGACUCCCUUGGCGACCUUCGUCUGCACUCUGAUGGCUGUGUUGCCCUCUGUUUUCUGUCUUUGGUUUAAACCCCAAGGGCCCAGAGGUUUUCUUCGAUGUCUCAUUCUUUGUGCCUUGAGCUCCUUUCUGUUUGGGUGGCAUGUCCAUGAAAAAGCAAUACUCCUCGCCAUUCUCCCGCUGAGCCUUUUGUCUGUAGAAAAAGCAGACGAUGCUUCAAUUUUUCUGAUUCUGACCACAACAGGACAUUUUUCCCUCUUCCCUCUGCUUUUCACAGCACCAGAACUUCCCAUUAAAAUCUUACUCAUGUUACUGUUUACCAUCUAUAGUAUUUCCUCACUGAAGACUCUAUUCAGAAAAGAAAAACCUCUUUUUAAUUGGAUGGAGACUUUCUACCUCCUAGGCCUGGGGCCUCUGGAAAUCUGCUGUGAAUUUUUAUUCCCUUUUACCUCUUGGAAGCUGAAGUACCCUUUCAUCCCCUUGUUACUGACCUCUGUGUAUUGUGCCGUGGGCAUCACAUAUUCUUGGUUGAAACUGUAUGUUUCGGUAUUGACUGGCCCUCCUGUUGGCAAAACAAAGAAAAAAUGAAUAAUGGAACUGCUUGGAUGUAUGCCAAGCAAUUAUUUCAUGGGAAAUUAAUUGGAACUUGAAGAAAGUUGCUGGUGGCAUGAGCCAUUUAUUUUAGUAAGUAUGUUUGAAGGGCCAUUCUUUGAACUUGACCUUGCCCAGCCUAGCAACCCAAUUGUCACCAUGGUGAGAAGCCACUUACCCUCCACAAGCAAUGAAACACAUCUGAAAAAAAAUCUCACUUUCCUCUGUUAAAAUUAUCUGAGACCAUUCAGACUGCUGUGCUUACUCAAGGCAGUGAGUUUGAGCAACAGCAUAAUUAUUUUUAGCCUGUGCUGACCAUUGUCAGGAUAUAAAGCAUAAUUGGACUGCUAUGCUGAAGAAAAUAUAAAUAAAAUGUUCUUUUGUA